GGGCGGGAGUUAGUGCAGCAGGAGCAGUUUCGGGUGACUCUUUCGGUGGGUGGCGGUAUAGUCCAGUAGUUGUGUGUGUGUGUCUGCAUGUCAGCAGCGGAAGAACAAAACGAGAGCAAGUCGCUGAGGUUAGAGCCAGUUGCCCAGCGUUGAUGAUGUGAGCGCCUGGCAUCGUAGAAACCUUCAUUCAACAUCCGUCACAAGCUCUCGCCGUACAUUGUCCAAGCUUAUUCCCCCUCCCCCCCUCUCUCUAUUUGUUCCUUUCUUUCUCUGUCUUUUACGUUGUCUUUGAUUAUCGUUUCAUCUCCCAUUCACCUACUUUCAAACUCGGCGUCAACUCUGUUUUGUUUUGUUUGUUUUUUUCUGUUGCCCACCUUCGGUCGUAACGCUACCGCUUCUCCGCUGCCGCCCAAAAUUCGACGGUGCGGGAACGUUGCCAACGAAAACGGAAAAACUAUUUUUUUUUUGGUGGUCAGGGUGGGCCAAACUGACGACGUCCUCGACGCAGGACAGUCGUCCGGCUCAUUUGCGUUUUUCGACUUGGCCGCCUCUGGCUAAUAUUCGUUGUCGUGAAAUAGAUCCGUCUUACAUCGAAAUGUCGACGUGAAUUGUGAAUCGCCGGUGAUCUAAUCUGCAGCCAAUCCGGUUUCAGAACGAAUCGCUUCCUUGUUUUUCGCAGAGUGCUUGUGCUUUCAUCCUUUCAUCGGGCACGGUCUCCUGGUGCCGCCAAUUAUUUCUUAUUUUUCGUCUUGUGACAGCUGGUGGAAGAACGAAGAGCAACCAGUAGGUUUGGCCGUCGGAUUCAUCGCCACACGUUGACGGGUGACAUAGUCAUGGAGGCCUCGGCCCAAGACGAGUACGUCAGCGACUUUGAUUUAGAACAUUUGGAAGAAGUGGUGAAGCGCGAGAUGCUCGAACAGAGGCGUAACGCAGAGGCUGCCUACGCGCUUCACUAUCAGAACCUGCAGCCACCGGUACAGCCUCAACCUCAAUCAUCUCAACCACAACCACAACAACAACAGCAACAACAGCAAUCAUCGCCAGGUGUGGCCCAGCCGCAGCAGGGGCACGUUGUGUCCCACCAUUCGGCAGCAUCGGGACCCACCAGCCAACAACCUUCCGCCCCUUUGAAGCAUCAGCUUCAGGCACCGGCGACUCCACCGGAUACACCGCCAGGCCAACCUUGCAGCAUCAUGUCACCAGCAUCUCCCUUUCAACAUCAACAUCAACAGCAGCAGCAUGGCCAUCACUCUCAGCAUUCACACGUUCAACAGCAGCAACAGCAGCAACAGAUUCAACAACAACAACAACAACAACAACAGCAAGCACAAGCUUCGGCAACCGUCUCAGCCGCUGCUGUCCUACCCCUAGGCCCAGGUUUGGAAGUCAUCCAGCACAAAGGAAUGAGUGCAGGCAGCGAUGAAUUCUUGUGGGUCACCGCCUCGAUGCGUUACGGCAACGCCGUGCCACCACUUCAGAUUCACCAAGAGCCGUUGGAUUUGCGGCCGCAGGGAUCGGAAUCGCCGCUAGACGAUCCUCACGCCGCGUGGGCGCAUCACGCCAGCUUGCAACACCAACAGCAGCAGCAUCAGCAUCAGCUGCAACAGCAGCAACACCAUCAACAACAGCCACCGGCGCAACAUCUACUGGGACGUCGAGACUCUUACUCGGAAGGUUCCCUCGCUGUGCAUCUUCCCGGCUGCCAUCCCGGCCAACAUCAUCAUCAUCAGGUACCACGUGGCUGUGGCUCGAGUUCUUCUAGCGCCAGUUCGACGUCCGGUUCAGAAAUCGGUGGUCCCAGCAGCAAUGGCGGCAUGAUGGUAGGCCUGGGUCCGAACUCGGGAGGAGGCGGUAGCUUGCAUCAUCAUCACCACCAUCAUCAUCAUCACGGUGGUUCAGGGGGCAACGACCUGCUCGACGACGACGCACUCAUCUCGCUCUCGGUCCGUGAACUCAACAAGAAGCUGAACGGCUUUCCACGCGAGGAGGUCGUCCGGCUCAAACAGAAAAGGCGGACGCUGAAGAACCGCGGCUACGCCCAGAAUUGCCGUUCCAAGCGCAUGCAGCAGCGUCACGAGCUCGAGAGCGCCAACACCGUCCUUAAGGCCGAAAUCCAACGAAUGCGCUUAGAACUGGGCCGAGUGGCGCAAGAACGGGAUAGCUACAAGCAGAAAUGCGACGCCAUCCAUCGUCUCAACCAGCAACAGCAGCACAGUCACCCACAUCAAGCGCAACAGCAGCAGCCCAAGAGCGCCAGUACCCGAACCUCUGGCUCCCAAAUCAACGACGGUCCAACUAAUUACUACCUGUAAAACGAGGCAAAGAUAAAACAUAAAAAAAAUAACUAACACAAAAACAAAAAACAAACAAAAAAAAAAGUCGCUAGACGAAUGAAUUGGGUUUCUCCUGCUUCUACCUUUGAUUCUAUACAUACAAUUGAUGCGCUGCGUGUACAUAUUACAUUGCGUACAGAUAUGAAGUAUAAUGACAGCCGUGGUAUUUGGUGCCACUGCAGACUAUUCGCACAGAUUAGCAUCCACUUAACAAGAACCUUAAUAAUCUGACGUUCUUCAUCCGCCCCUCCCUUUUUAUCACCUGCCCUGUUUUUGAUCCUACCUCUUUUACCUGUUAUCUCACGGCUUGGUUCUCAUCGUCAUUUCUUAUCUAUUAUACACACACUAUAGAUGGCGGCCCCCUACAUCCCUAUAUGCUACAUCUCAAUCAUUCAUUCAUUGUCGCUGUCAACGCAACUGUCAAUGAUGUUUAGUUGUAUCAGUGGUCUGAUAUGAUGUUGCCUAAAUGACUGUGCGCGUGUGUCCCUUUCGCUCACCAUUGUAUCUAUUAAGAAUUUUUUAUCGCUUCCUCUAUGGCCUGAAAAUAGAGGAGCCGUUGCCUAUCGUAUGUGUAGAAGCCCUUUAGUUGUCUAUAAGUGCGGCGCAUUUAAAACUGUGCGCGUUCAAGGCUUACCUAUCGGCAGCUAUUUGACCGAUGAAGUUCAUUAUAUCGUGUCCUUUUUCAAACUUUUCCCCGAUUUUAUCUCUCUUGUUUGUUUUGUUUGUUUUGUAUGUUUUUACGGGAAGUUGGGAGAAGGGGGGAUAGUUUGAUUCGGCUUUUAUUUGUAUUUUACACGACGACGUGAAGUAAGUCGUACAAAAGUGCGUGCCCGUUUUUGCAGCUCUAAAUUAGACCUUGAUACCGACACAACUAUGUUGUACCCCCAUUCCUCUUUUCUUCUGUUCAUUUUUCUUUCCCCAUUUUUUCUUUUUUUUUUUUCUUCACAUUUUUUCUUCCUUCUAUUCUUUUUUUUUUUUUUUUAUUUUUGGUCCGGGUUUGGUUAUUGAAGCUAAUCAGGUAUUCCAAGUUGGUCUUCUUCUUGCCUGUGCGAGGUCAGCAGCUCGUUGUCGAAAACCUUCCUUGCCAUACACGGCUGGGAUCCCUUUUGCUGUUACUCUGCCGGCCUCGCUGUCACAGCCAAGAAGGGAGCGAGCCAGUCAGGCGAAAUGGUCAGGGGGCGAACGGAUGGCGAGAAGGAAGAAGGGGAGAGGACAACGAGAACGGGUAGAAAAAGAUACACUGGUUCCUAUCGAGCUCGUUGCGUAUUGAAAACAAGAAAAUGAAGUCAAUUGUGUCAAUUUCUUCGUCGACCAGAAAUCAUGGCCGGUUCACUUCUUGGCCAGCGCACUGCACACAUUGGUUUGCUCUAUACCAAUACCGAUGACGCGUGAACCUACAACACGAUGGUCUGAAUCUUAAAUCGUCUUCUCUCUCGCACUCCUCCCCAUCUUUUUUGAGCAUGUAACACACGCACCUGUUAUUGCUCGCCAUUUCCCUCACAAACCUUCCAUAGAUCCCAAUCAUGAUUUCCCCCCCCCCCCUUCUUUCUGAUUUAUUCUUUCGACAUUUUUCCGAUUUUUAUUUGUUAUUUUUUAUUCUUCACUUCCUUUAUUUGUUUCUUUGUUGUCCAAGCUUCACCUUCUGGAACGUCAACAUUGUCAAAGCCGGACACAAUUUUUUUCUUUUUUUCUCGCCCUUUCCUUUUCUUCUUCAUUUUCUGUGAUAGUUUGAUUCGAUUGUGUUAUGCUUCGUUUCGAUCCGCUUGUAUACUCGCCACAAUUUAUAUGUUGACAUCAUAUUGACUCUUUAUCCUUUGCCGUAUAUACUGUAACGUGAUUUUGCAAUGUCUGGUUAUCCAUUGCAGGCUGCUUUUUGAUCCCGGUGGAUUGUUGAAUCAGUCGAAAAGUGGGCAAACUGAGCACAGGAGCGGUGGGUGCUUUUCAAAGUUAUAUGGAUGAAUGCAAACAAAAAACAACAAAAAAAAAAAAACAAAAAAAAAGUAUGCUGUUACAUUUAUUAGCUUUUGACUCUGUUGAUCGGCUUCAUAUAACAUCACCUCCCAACCCACUCACUAAUCCGUUGUUGUUAAGACAUUCCACGAUAAGCCCAUACAAUUACGCGUGUAGGCCUACAAUAGCGACGCUGCGGUAGCUAUACACUUAGGGGGGGAGGGGGAAAUAGCGGAUCGAUGCAAUCAAUCCCAUUGUAUCAUAUGUUGAACAUUUGCAUAAAGUUGUAAUUCAGAAAGAAAAAUACUGCAAAAAAAAAGAAAAGAAUGAAUAAUUACUGAAAAGGGUGGAUCGCUAUUGAUCCUUAUUUCACGUAGCCUCUCAUUUAUUAUAAAUCCUUCUGCGUACGUUUAAUUUUCGUGCAAUUUCUUGGAACUUUUUUUGUUGUUGUAUCCAAUUGGAAUUCUCUACUGAAAAAUAUCGAAAAGACGAACCAUCGGCUUGUUAUGUAAACUCACGUCAUUGCUGUUUGGUCUCGUUUGAAGAAUAUGCCGGUUGUCCUUCAUUCAUUGAUUUCUUUUGAGUUGACAUCCAUUUUUUUUUUAUUUUAUUUUUUUUUUUUAUUUUAAUUUUUCUUUUCCUAAUCGCAAUAGUCGGCAGUGGAGAAGCCAUUCAAAGGCCUCCUUCUUUCUGUUGAUUGUCUGUAUAUGAUGUGAUUUUUAAAACUCUUUUCAUCUUUCCCAAUCUGCCCAUCGAAUCACAAAAACCGUUACGUGUAUUUCCUUCCACCUAGUAACCCAUCGUGUUUCCCCUUUGUUUGGCCCUCUCUCGUGUGCUGGUGACUAUUGCUAUGAUGAAUGGUGAUGCUAUGUUCAUUAAAUGGCGAUGGUGACAAAUACUCUAAAGUUCAAUAAAGAAAACUGUUGACCUCCGUU